UAAUUCAGAUAAAGGUGUAAUACAUCAUUCGUGUUUUUUUCUUUAUCACAUGAUAUUCACAGAGUAUUGAUAUAUUCUGUUAUUUAUUUAGAGUAUAGUGAAUCGUCUUGAUUUUCAAUGGACAGAUUUAUUCGUUCAUUUUGUGUCGAAAUUAAAACUUAAUGUGAUUUAUCAUCAUGUGACAUUGCGUUUUGAAUUACAACCGGAUUCCUCUUCGUUUUUAACCGAUAGCGAACGUGUUGUGGUGGGCAAUUUAUUAGAACUAUUACCAAAAUUUUGUAAAAAACAAACAAUGUUGUAA